CCAGAGCGCAGCCGGUGGCAGAGCAGGGCCGCGCCCGGGCGCCCGAGUUCAUGCGGUUCCCGGCUCCUCCCCCGCGCUUUCGCUUUCCCUUGUUGAACCACAGAAACCCCAAGCCGCAGCGGCGCCCGCUGCCACCCCGGCUGGGCCCCAGGCCUGCUGCAGGCUGAGGGCUUGGCCCACCAGGAGCGGGGCCUGCGCUGUGCUCUUGGCCCUGCCUGGUGCCACUUGUUGAGAUGAAAGUGACCGUCUGCUUUGGCAAGACGGGGAUCGUGGUUCCCUGCAAGGAUGGGCAGCUCCGUGUCUGCGACCUGACCCAGCAGGCGCUCCAGCGGUACCUCAAAACCAAAGAGAAGGACCCUGCUUACUGGGUGAAUAUUCACCACCUGGAGUAUACAGAUGGAGGGAUCCUGGACCCUGAUGAUGUGCUGGCAGAUGUUGUGGAAGACAAAGAUAAGCUCAUUGCUGUGUAUGAUGAACAAGAAUCUCACCACAAGAUUGAUGGCACCAAUGGCAGUUUGACAGAUGGACACAGCCCAGAUCCUUUUGAGAUGGAGGUAGCCGCCCAGCUGGCUGCUUUUCAACCAAUUGGUGGUGAGAUUGAAGUUACACCAUCUGCAUUGAAAUUGGGCACACCACUGCUAGUGAGGAGGAGCAGUGAUUCUGCAUUUGGCCCACUUGCUGAUUUCCAUCCAAGUGCUUCACAUCACAGUGACCAUAGUCUGAAGCCUGUUCUGGCAGGUGCACCACAGAUAUCUUUUGAAGAGGAGGAGCUGAAUCUCAUUGGACACACUGAAUUACUGACAUCUCAGAAGACCAAAUUCACUUUCAGUGAUAUGACAAGAAGAGUGGAGAUUUCUGGAGAAGGUGGCCCUCUGGGAAUACAUGUAGUGCCCUUUUUUUCAUCUCUGAGUGGAAGGAUGUUAGGACUCUUUAUUCGUGGUAUUGAGGAGAACAGCAGGUCCAGGCGUGAUGGACUUUUCCAUGAAAAUGAAUGUAUUGUGAAAAUUAACCACAUGGACCUUGUUGAUAGAACUUUUGCACAGGCUCAGGAUAUCUUCCGCCAGGCAAUGAAAUCUCAAAGUGUCAUCUUGGAAGUGAUUCCUCCAUAUAACCGUGAGGCAUAUGAGAAAUCUGUCAUUGCUCCUCUUUGUUUGGUUGAUACUGAGGAAGGAGUUCCAAAAACAAAAGUUCCACCACCUGUUCAUCCAAAACCAGCUAUGAAAACAGUUGAUCUCUCUGGUAUGAACAGCCUGGACACAUGUGUACAGGCAACACUACAACAAACCAAAAGUCCUAACUUGCCAAGGUUGGGAAGGAAAUCAUCCUCACCAUCACUGUCUCCGCUGCUGGGAUUUGGCAACAAAAAGCAUGCAAAGAGAAUAAAGAUAGACCUCAAGAAAGGUCCUGAAGGACUUGGCUUCACUGUGGUUACCAGAGACUCUUCAGUACAUGGCCCUGGUCCCAUUUUUGUUAAGAAUAUAUUGCCAAAAGGGGCAGCAGUAAAAGAUGGCCGUCUACAAUCAGGAGAUAGGAUACUGGAGGUGAAUGGCAGAGACAUCACUAGCAGGACCCAAGAAGAGCUAGUUGCUAUGCUGAGGAGUACUAAGCAAGGGGAGACUGUUUCUCUGAUUGUAGCUCGCCAGGAGGAAGCCUUUCUGCCUCGAGAGCUGAAAGGAGAGCCCAAUUGUAGUGUUCUUUCACCGGAAACCACAGAACAGCUGACAUUCGAGAUCCCUCUGAAUGACUCUGGUUCUGCAGGACUUGGUGUGAGUUUAAAAGGCAACAAAUCUCGAGAGACUGGGGCUGACCUUGGGAUUUUCAUCAAAUCAGUAAUCCAUGGAGGAGCUGCUUUUAAGGAUGGCCGCCUGCGGAUAAAUGACCAGCUGAUUGCAGUGAAUGGGGAAUCUCUUCUGGGGAAAUCAAACCAUGAAGCCAUGGAGACAUUGAGGCGUUCCAUGUCUAUGGAAGGGAACAUUCGUGGGAUGAUCCAGUUGGUAGUCCUCAGGAGACUGGAGAGACAGAUGGAGGAGCGCUCAGACCAUGGAGUUUUUCAAAAACCAGCUUUUGAGGGCAGUCAUAAUUUUAUAGCUAUCUCCAGGCGCAAUGAUACUGUCCACCAGCAAUUUGUAACUUGCAGUCUCCAGGAAAGACUAAAAGUUUCAGAUCUCCCUAUGUCUGAUCAUGGCAAUGCUGAGAACGAAGUUCCACCACCUCUGCCACCACACCCUACUGAGGAACUACUUACUGAAGAUUAUAACCAUAGCUCUGUAGUGGAUUCAGCAGCAUAUUUAACAGAUCAGCACAUCAACUUAAGAUCUCUGACACCAGCCAAGCAGCCUGAAUCAAUUAAUCUGAAAGCCUCAAAAAGCAUGGAUCUUGUGGCAGAUGAAAGUAAAGUUAGUUCAUUGGCUGGACAGAAAUUAGAAUCUCCUGGCAAAGAUUUUGGUCCAACUCUGGGUUUAAAAAAGUCCAGCUCACUGGAAAGCUUGCAGACUGCUGUGGCUGAAGUCAAGAAGAAUGAGCUUCCUUUCCACAGACCCAGGCCUCACAUGGUCCGCGGUCGAGGUUGUAACGAGAGUUUCAGAGCUGCCAUUGACAAAUCUUAUGAUGGACCUGAAGACGUAGAAGAGGAUGGUUUGUCUGAUAAGAGCUCUCACUCUGGCCAGGAAGCCCAGAACUUUGAAUCAGCCCCUCAAGGGAAUAAUGACCUAGAAGAUGUAGAAGGCAAGGCAAAGAAAGACAAAAAAAAUAAAGAGAAAGAAAAGAAAAAAGAAAAGAGCAAGGGUAAAGUAAAAGAGAAGAAAAGGAAAGAAGACAAUGAAGAUCCAGAGAAGAAAACUAAGAAGAAAGGUUUUAGUGCCAUGUUGAGAUUUGGGAAGAAGAAAGAGGAUAAAGGGGGGAAAACUGACCAGAAAGGCAAUCCAAAACACAGCAUUCUUAGAGAAGAACUGGAAAAGAUGAAAGAAGAGUGUGAGAGGAUUGGUGCAAAGCAUCAGGAGUUACGGCAAAAACAGGCCAGAGGACUAGCUGAUUACUGCACCAGCCCUGCAGGACCUGAUAUCGAUGAUGAUGAGAUGGACCCAAAUUAUGCCAGAGUAAAUCAUUUCAGGGAGGCUUACCCUGUAGCAAAUGUCUAUAGGCCAUCAUCCCCACUGGCAACAGAAACCUUUGGAUACCCAUGUGAUGGCCCUCAAGUUCCAGUGGAGAGAGAGUACUUGGAAGGACUCUAUGCAAAGAUAAACAAGCAUCAUCAUCCACAGGCUACUGCUGACAGUGGCUGUCCAGUCAGUGGAAAUGCAGACCGUAUCCAGAAACUACGGAAGGAGUACCAUCAAGCCAGGCGAGAAGGUUUACCAUUCUACGAGGAUGACGAUGGAAGGACACGGUCAUCUGAUUAUGAUCAACACUGGGUGUCUGGAAAAGGUCCAGAUGGGAGUUCACACAAUCCCCAUUUCGAAGGGAUGGAAAGGCAAUAUGCAUCCUUACCCAGGCGUGGACCCGCAGAAUCAAUGGAGUAUUUAACAGGGCCACGAGUGAUAUACAAAGAGCGAGAUCUUCCUUACUACCAAGGAGGGCAGCCCACUGUGCUCCUCUCUAAAGGCAACUACUCUCGUGCACAAGACAUGAGGGUAGCGGAAUUGCGGUACCCCCAGUACUACCAACCCCAACCACUAACCACCCAGCACAAAGGACCCCUCCGCCAAGAUGUCCCACCUUCACCUCCUCAGUCGCACCGAGCACCAGCAUAUAAUGAAAUGGGCAGAGCGAGACACCGUGGGACCAGCCCAGAUCUAUACCAAUACAGACCUCAAGACCCCAGGCAGAAGAAUCCCAUGACUGCAGCUGUAUAGCCUCGAGCUGGACUUCAUCAGUGGGGCUAGGAAGGAGGGUGCCUGACAUCACCUUUUCCACAGUUGAUCGCAGCAUGUUUAAUUGUUGGUAAGGGUGAUGUCUUCCCUGGAGUCAUUCUUACUGAGCCAAGCUCCUCAAAGUUUUCUUUUAAUGGGGAAACAUGACUUUGUCAAGGCUAACAUGAGGUACUGCAUCUUUUAAGUCUGAAGUACCAGACAUUCAAAUAUGUUCAAUACCAGUUAAAAAUAAAAAGUGACAGCUGAAAAUUAAGUGUACCAUUUAGCGCAGCUCAGGGCUCUACCACAUCCAGUUACAUGCACGCACAGCAUUCCCUCUGGAUAAGACUGGUAGUGUCACAAGAGUCCAAUGUGGAGUGACCCCACAGGCCUAUUAUAUUACGGUAGCCUUCUAGUGACAGUACACAUAUAUGCUGCACAAUGCUUCCUUCCUCAGAGGAUCUUCUCUGGAGCUGGGAAUCUUGUGUAGUCUGAUGCUGUGUGCAUCACUGAGUUUACAGAUGUCUUGUACCAGGUUAGGAGCCACAUUCCAGGCACAUUCAAACCAGCAGUUUUAUAUUUUGAGAAUGCCACAGAUGCAGAUUUUUAAUCUUGCCUUUGUCUUCCUCUUUCUACUCAUUUGUUGAAGCAUUCAUCUUGUAGCCUUCCUGUUUGACAGUUACGUAUCAAGAUCCUCUUUUUUUCUUAUUGCGAGCAGCACAAUUGGACUAAAACUAACUUCAUCAACUUCACUUGCACACUGUAGAGGGUUUGGACAGAAAAAUCCCAAAA